CUUGAUCUUUCAGGAAUUAUACUAUGUUCAGGAAAGAUAUCCUUUGAGGAGGACACCUUUUGGAGAGACCCAGCCGCAGCUAUUCCAAGGUCCAGGAGUGCGAGGCAGGUCCUCUCUUUGGGCCGAAGGAAGAGAGCCAUCUCAGCAGCUGGCUUCACAUCCCUCUGCUUUGAUUUGAGCUGAGUUUAGGUGAUAUCCAGCCGUUGCCACUCUCAUGAGCAGAAUGGAGUCUAAAGAAAGCACCCGGAGUGGAAACAAGACUGAUACCAAGAGUGCUAGCUCAGCAAAGUCUGAGAAACCUCAUUCUGGGCCUGCGGCAAGCACUGAUAAGAAAGAAGCACCCAAGGAGCAGCCAACUCCUGCUGCCACCACCCCUGCAAAAAAGGGGGCCACAGCACCCAGCGAGGCAGCCAUGCUGAAUGACCACAGCAACCUGAAGCCUACUGCAGUGCCAGCAGCCGAGGGGCCUGAGGCGACUGCCAACUCCGAGCAUAAAGAGAGCAGUGCAGAAGAGUCGCCAGGGAGCACCGUGUUUGAGAACAUCAAGCCCCUGCUCAUCUUUGGAGGGGCUGCAGUAGCUGCCAUAGCUGUGAUCAUAGGAGUAGCCAUCCUAGCUCGGAAAAAAUAGGAAACCUAAGGAAUGCAGGGAACAGAAUUUCCCCUAGGUUGUGUACUGUUCCUUUUGACAUCAGUGCAUGCAAUCACUUCUAUACAUACUUAUAAAUAUGCAGUAUAUAGCAAGAGAGAGAUAGGUAGGUCUUGCUUAAGGUUAGUAUGCCAGGGUCCUGGAAAAAAAAACCCCUCCCAGAUUUGUUUUUCCUGGUCAAUAGAUGCUAUUUUGUAUUUUCUUUCCAUAACUUCUCUCCAUCCCACUUUUUGGUCAGCUGUAAACUUGGUUCCAGCGUCAUUUUCAGAAUCCUUUGCUUUUAGUUGGGCCAUGGAAGAGCAGAUGAAAUGAACACUUUCUCUUCAGGAGGACCCAUGUAGUAUCCUGUAUCCAGCUCACUGAAAUAUUUUCAAAGAUGCAUAAAAAGGCAGCAUCUUCACUAAUCUGAAGACCAUGUGGUUCCAUCCACCUAUUUUGGUUCAUUGUCAGAGCAUCAAAGUAUAAUCUCAACCUAAAUUACAAAGUUCUCUUCGGAAUAGAAGCUAUCAGAGUUCAAGAAGCAAACUUAGCCUACUGAGAUUACUAACUAAAGCCCAGAAGGCAACAUUUUGGCUCACCAUCUAUCACACAAUGUCUACAAAGCAUGGUACUAAAUAUAGUUUAGCCAUUGAUUGGAAUAGCUUUGGAAUCUAGUAAAGUAGUCUUUCUCUGCCAUUUAAAUGCAUGUUAAAUGCAACUCUAUGAAUUGGCUAUGAAUUGGCCAAGUACCCUUUGUAGAAUUUAGAUACCUUUAAAAAAGCUUUUUUUUAAAAAAAAAUCAGAUAUUUAAAUCUAUGUGAUUUAAACUUUUGGGAAGUUGAAAAGCUCAUUUGUGCGUAUGGAUUUUGAACAAAUGCUGAAGCUUCUCCAUAUAAAGUUACAUACCAAUUUGUGCUAUGAAGGGGAAUCAAGAAAAACAACAAACACCAAAAGCAUAAGAGUGUAUCUUUUAUUUCAUCAGGAAUAUGAAUAUAAGAAAAUCUGCAUAUAGAAUAACUGCCCAAAUGCAAGAAUUUGAACCCAAUGGAUGAUCUUCAUUUCAACAUUUUAUAGCUUUAAUUCAAGAUACACCAGGAGAAUAAUUUCCUCAUGUAUUUCAUUGGAAAUUAGGCAAUGAAAUAACAAAGACUGAUUCACAGGAGCCAUUUCCCCCCAUAACAUUUGAACUGUGAUGCUGAAGAUUAGAGGAAAUUUCCUGUUUUUAAAUAGCCUUGUUAUGUUAGUGGUCUUCUUGAAAUGAUUAAAAACAGAUGUGUGUGGGGGGAGGGAGGAAACAGUUAUUUGAUACAGAUACUAAAAAUAUUUCCCUGACAGAAAGAAUCUGGACACCGGAGCAUUGGUUAUAAUGUAAGAUGACUGAAUGACCAUCUCUUAUUUAGUAGAUUUUUUUCCCCCUGCAUGGACCAUGCCAGUGUGAAACGUGUGCAUGUGUAUUAAUACAACACACCUAUACCAAUUAGAUCAGAUUUAGUAAAAAAUCGAUGUUUGGUGUGUGUGUGUGUGAUGUGUGUGUAUCAUGUUUUCAUCUUAUCAUGUUCCGAAACUAGCCUAUACACUAGAUUUCUUUGUAUUUUUAGUCCCAAUCACUUUAAAGUCACAAAUAUAAAUUCAGAAGUAUAGUAAAAUCAUGAUAGUAGUGCCUAGGCCAGUGUUUCUCAACCUUGGUGAUUUUAAGAUGUGUGAACCUCAACAUGGCUGGCUGAGGGGAGGGGAAUUCUGGGAGUUGAAGUCCAUACAUCUCAAGAGUUGCCAAAAUUGAGAAAUACUGACCUAAGCUACAAUUAAUCAUCUCUCUCUUGCAUUUAUGGCUGUGAUCUUAUAGGUUAGGUCUAUAAGGGAAUCAUUCACUGGCAGUCAUUGUUUAAUAUCGUGAUAUCCCAUUGUUCUGAAUAAUAUUUCAGAACCUACUCCCCAUCUGAAAAUCUGUAUUCUUGUGUAUAUGUGUACAAGCUUUCCUAACCCUGCCUUAUUUGAGAAUAUGUGUAUAUACAUUAUAAUUUUUGUAAAGCUACAAAACCUGUAUUCUUUGUAGAAAAGCAGAAUGCAACCAUUUAUCUGCACACCUGCAUUCACACGAAGUGUCUGUGUUUGUGCCACUUGCAUUCCAUUGUACAGUAGCCAAAACCAAAUUUUCCUUUCAAUAAACAAAGACACAUUUAGCUAAUUGAUGAAUGUAUAAUAAUCCGUCUUGUGCUUGUAAGGAACCCCUCUGAUUGAUGGACUGCUGCGUCUACAAAAGAACUUUCUCUGCUUGCCUCUAAUACAUGUUCCCAAACUAUUCUGGAACAAUUGAUAACAGUCUGGAGCAGGGAAGGGUGAGGAAGGAAGAAUCUAUUCUGCCCAAAGAAUGGCAUCAACAGAUAUUCCUAAAUAUAAUUUGAUGGUGGAUCUGUAUGAUAAUAUGUGCAAGCUUAUUUCUCUCUUGAGAUUUGGUGUAUCAUCUUUGCCCCUGCCCCAAAUUGAUCCUUAGGGAAACGAUAGUGAUGCAAAACAGGGCUAAUUUGCUGCAUGUGAUCUUAUAUACUCCACAAAUACAUCUCCAGUCUAUUUCACUGCAAUAAUAAACACAGCAAAUGCUUCCUCAUUCUUGCUUUGAACAGUGGACAUCUGGAAAAUGUGUUCAUUUAUGUAGGCCAAGCUCAGUGAACUUGUGCUUUAUGGAAAUGGGCAAUUUGCAGUAGAAAGGUUAGUUAUGUCUCACUUUGGUAAGCAAUGUCAUGUAAGCUUUUGAAUGUGGUGUCACAAACAUUUGCGUUUGUUUCUUUUAAAGGUGAACAAAUCAGCAUGAACUGCAUCCUGAUUUGUGCAACCCUUCAUAUGUCUUGUCUCCUUACUUAGUGGCAUUUGGCUGCUUAUUGGCACCAGGGAAAUUGCUGCUAAGUUUAACAUUGGCAUAUCUAAUAUUGUCUAUACUUCGUAUAGUACAACAAUCCCAUGUAAGCAUUUCUCUAGUUCCAAGGCUGUUGAUACUCUUCUAUUAUCAUUAGUGAUAGAGUAACAAAACACUUCCUUCAGAAGGCUAGCCAUCUUCAACUGGGACCCUUGUAUGUCUUGAGUGAAGUCAGGAUGAUUUCUAUUGGUUUUUUUAUGGAUCUCCCCCCCACUCUCAAAUUUCAAUUUUUGCCAUACUGCUAUGGGCAAAAUUGUAUUGUUUCUCUUUAUUGUUGCAGAUCAGCUGGAUUAUUAUACAACUCAUCAACUAACUGGUUUCUUACUUGGUAUUUUUACUCUUUCCCUACCCCUCCAAGUUUACAUACCAGCCCUCCUCCAUUGUUUAGAUUGAGAAUGAAUGUACUCGAGGCAAUUCUUUGAGCUUUAUGGACAAGAAAAGUUUAUAACUUUGGCUCUCAAGAUUCAACAUUGUUUUUAAAUACAGUGCAAUCCUCAGAAAGUACAUUCUAGAGUAAAUUGUAUUGACUUUUAAGUUCUUUUUACAAAAUAAGUGAGUGCAGCUUUUUCUGUGGGUAGGUAGGAAAGGGUCAGCUAAUAUUAAAUGUCUGCUCCAACUGGGCACUUCCAAUAUCAAAUGGCAUAUAUGAGUAUAAAUGCAGCUGGAGCUAAUGUUAAGACACAGAGGAUGUGAAAAAUAAUUGGACACACUCCUUCUUAGUUAUGACAGAGACGUUUGUUGCUAAUAUUGGAACUGUCAUCCUUGCCCCCGUCUUUAAUUUUAAUGAAAUGAAAUUGGGGAAACUGAUCUUGAGACAGUGUCUGAACACUGAGAAGACGUGAUAGCUUCAGCAAAUUCAUUAGCAAACUGCUGUAAUAGCAAAAUGACAUCAUUGUAUAAGUGGUGCAUUAAUGUGAUGAUAUCACAAUACCUGAUACAAUUAGCUAAGUCACAGCCUUUGUAUUUAUAUGAUGAUGUAAUGAUACAUCUGUCAUUCUCUCUCCACCCAAUCUGCCCUGUGGAUGCCCAUGUAUAACCUGCUAACAGAGGAAUACACAUUUCAUGUAAGUCUAUCAUGUCUUAUAAAAAAAAAAUCCACAUUCAGUAGGCCAAACUUCUUAAACGUGCUUAUUUGGUGGGAAGUAGUUUUCAUUCUGCAUAUAAAUUUGGAAAGACAGUUCCCUCACAUUCCUUCUUUGUUGCUGUACAGCCUCUUAGUACAAAAUACUGAGCCGAGGUGGUGCAGUGGUUAGAGUGCAGUAUUGCAGGCUACUUCAGCUGACUGCUAGCUGCAAUUCGGCA